GUUUGUGUCUCGGUGUUCUUGAAUGCGUUGGUUAGAAAUGUUACAAUAUUUGACUUAGGUGCCAAAGUUCUAGAUUGUCGAAAUGACCAUCUGUGACACGAGGGAAAAACCCUUGAAGAAACAAAUGUUACUGGAAACGUAGCCAAGGUCAAGUGCAUUAUCAGAAAAAUGAUGCGUUUUCACGAAAGACAUGGUACUCACGUAGAGCUUUCACCUUGUAAAACAUCUGCAAAGCGCAUAAAGAGCUUUGCUAAUGCGGUCGUAUUCAGUCAUCGACCUCUAGUAUUUGGUGAGACAUUUCUUUUUGAGAUCGAAGAACAGGAAAAAGACUGGUCUGGUCAUGUGCGCUGCGGAAUAACAACUCACAACCCGCAGACGAUUAAAAGCGUUCCACCGUAUUUACUUCCUGACAUGGCGCAAAUGGGAAGAACUUGGGUGUUUGCCAUCAAAUCCACCAUACAAAAACCAUUAGGAGAUGAACAGCUUAGGGACUAUGGAAGCCACAACUUUCAACGGCAAGAGGCGGGAGAUAAAGACACUAACCCCGUGUUCUGUGGAAAAAAAGCACGUGAAAUGCAACUCAGACCCACUGAUGUUGGGUCACGUAUAGGAGUUAAAGUUAGUCCUUCUGGAGAAUUGUACUUUUUUGUGAAUGGUAUUAAAUUUGGGCCCUGUGCUCUUGAUGUUCCCGUGGAUAAAGAUCUGUAUGUUGCUGUUGAUGUUUAUGGAACAACAAAAAAGGUGCAAAUCAUCCAAUGUGGAGGUCAGAUUAUAACUUUUGACAUACAGUAUUCUGAUGACACCCCACAAACCACUGCAGUCAGCCCAGAACAUUUUUCAAAAGGCGGCAAAGUGGGAGGGUGGAUAAACCUGAUGAAAAUACUUAGGUUAAAAAACAUUUACAAGAAAAUUGCUGAGAAUUUCCAGGGUCUUACCUUCAAGAUUGGUGAGAGAAAUCAUAAGUAUGGUAACCAUCCUGGGGGGGGGAGGGAAUCCCUUCUUUGGCCUAAAUGGUUAUGUGCCACUGAACAGGGUUUGAUUGUGAAAUAUUUGCUUUCAAACUUCGGCUUGUGCAGAAAGCAAAAUUUCGAGUUAUUGAGUUUAAAAGUGACACAGCACUCUUGACUUUUUCUUUUUGCCUUGUCUCCUCCCCUCUUCUUUUGCUUUUCUUGCCUCAUUUUUAUCUUUUGCUGGAAAAUUAGUAGGCUUCAGUUUGGUGGGAGAAGUUUUUGGAAAAGCUUUUAGGAUAUUAGAUGAAAGGAAAAGUCACUGGGUUCAAAAUUUUCAUGGGAAUUUUCAGGUCAAUGUUUCAUGGUUUUUUGCCUUUUUUGUGGUCCUCCUUGACUGGGUCACUCUUAUUCUGGUAUUUUUAAAAAAGAUCUCUUCAGCCUGCAUAAGGUAGAUGACAAAGUUGUUCUUGCUGUUAAAACUGAUGAUGUCACAAGCAGUAGAAGGGAUGUGAUUCAGCACAGGUGUUUAUGGGAAGUUCAAGGGUGAAUGGGUUAACCAAAAACAUUAAAAUUGUCAUUUGCCUAUUCUUUCACCCAAUUCGGUAUUUUAUGGUCAGAUUUGGUUGUUUUAAGCUUAAGAGUGGAUUUUCUUGGAAAACUUAGUACUUUGCUUAACCCAUUUGCUCCUGGGAAUUUGGCCAAAAAAAAUUGUAUGGAAGCUAGUUGAGCUGUUUUCUGGUCACUGUCUGGCUUUAAAGCGCUAAAACGUAUGACAAAGCCAUUCACAGGUUGCUUACUGUGCAACCUUCAGAUCCAGAUGCAAAAUAUUAGCUUGCAAAGUUGGGGCAUGCACAGAAAGCAAAAUUUCAAGAUAGUGUUUUUGAGACUAAAAGUGACACAUAUAGCAGUCUUGACUUUUUCUUUUCCCUUUUUCUCCUUCACUCUUCUUUUGCUUUUCUUACCUUUCUUGCUCUUUCCCAGGGCAUUUAGUAGGCUUCAUUUUGAUGGGAACCAUUUUGGGGAAAACUCUUAGGAUUACAUGAAAGGAAAGGAAAUUGGGUAGCUUAAAAUGAUUUUCAUGGGAAUUUUAGGGUGAAUGUUACAUGUUUUUUUUACCCUUUUCUUCGGCUGUCUUGACCGAAUCAUCCUCUUUCUGCAUGGUUUUGAAGAACUCUUCACCCAGCACAAGUUAGCUCACAAGUUGUCCUUGACCAUUAAAAUUGAUGACAUCACUAGGGGUAGAAGGGAUGUGGAUCUGUACUGGUGGUUACAGGCAGUUCAGGGGCGAUUGGGUUAAGGAAGUGUAUGGAGGUGACAUGUCUGGAAAAUUUGAAUGUAGAUACUGGGGCUCAUUCAUUCAUUAUUUUUUCACCAACCAAUGAUUCUUGUCCAAAACAGGAUCAGAAGGGGUGGCGAAUGGUACCUCCAAAAACGUGGGUCUCGGAAAAUUUUGGCAGGAUCUCGAAAUCUCGGAAGCGUUUUUGAUAAGUCUCGAAGUCUCGUUUUUUCAUGGUUUGCUUUUACUUUUUUUGAGUCUCGAAACUUUUCACCAAAGAGUCUCCGGCUCGGAUUUCUAACUAGGAUCUCGGUGUCUCGGCGAGUCUCGGAUUUUACCAUUCACCACCCCUAUCAGAGUUUAAAGGGCUCAGUGACACACCACUACCCAAAUUUUCCUUGAGCAGAACUUCCAAAAAAUGAAUGAAGGAUUGUGUAAUUUGGCAUAACUACACUGUAGAGUUGUUGUGGUUCAAUUUUAUCCCUGGUUUGAAUUUUAUUCCUCCUUGUUUAAACUCAUUUAAGUAUACAUUACUAUAAAAUACCCAGAAACAGGGGAAAAUGAAAUUUAAACCAAGGAUAAAAUUGAACCACAAGAAAGGCAUUUUAAGAAAAGGAAGGUUUUGUUCCUAGUUUGGUUACAAUUAAUAUUUUACUGUGUUGUUCACAUUCUCCUCAAGAAACAGACGGCUGUUUCAUUUUGACUUAAAACCAAGUGCAAAUAUCUUUCUUUCAGUUCCCACACUUGUCGACUUGUGCUGUGAAAACAUCCGGAAGUGUGUGGUGAGCCAAGCUGAUCUAAACAUUCUGCCCAUAACAUCACAGCUGAAGAAGUAUAUUGCUACAUUUUAA